AUGGACAUGAUCACUCUCACAUACGUGUCCAUAGUGGUGCAGAUCCUACCGUGCAUUAUCAUCAUUAUUCUCGGAUUCUGGACGAUCUAUACUUUAAAAUCAGAGACUGUCGAAGAAAUCGCCAACACUUCAGCGCUGCUGGCAUCAACACAAACGUCAAUCACUCGUGCUGAGAUACCAUUUCCGUUAUUAGCAGCAAUAGCACAUCUAUAUGGAAUGAACUUACACGAUUUUCGGAAGUUAUGGAUAAAGGAAAAGAAGAAACGUUGCAGAAAAGUGCUUGAAGUUUACCAGAAGGAUUGUCUAACUACAAAAUUUAUCCAAAAAUUUGGUUCGAAAUACCUACUCCAUGGUUAUGUAGGUAGUGAAGCACUGUUAAGCCGUGGAAUCAUAGCGCACACUCCGUCACCACGGAGCCCAUACCGUGACCGUACAUAUGAAGCUGAAUCUAGCCGUGUCAAGAGUAGCAGAUCAAUAAAAUCACAUGAGGGUGGUGGUUCCGACAGGAUUAGAAAGCACCAAUCAACAAGGUCAAGUUCUGGACAAGACAAAAUUCCACAAUCGAAAAAACGUCCCCAUCAGAGAACCGCUGACUCCAAGGGGCAAGAAGAUCCUGAAAGAGAACCUGAAACUAACAAGAGGAAAAGAACCGUCAUUCAAAAAUCACAGUACGUAGAGGGAUAA